UAGUAUUUUCUGCACACAGCAAAUCGUCAUAGUUCUAAUCAGAAAAACGACUGAAAACCUAGUUGAAUUAGGAGAGUAAUCGUAUGGUGCCGAAAGAAGCGAGGCGAAUUCCCAGUUGACACUCAAACGUCUGCUCUAUUUUCACAGCAAGCAUGGAGAAACAGUUGCAUUUGAAUCUGUUAGCUUCAAGACCUCCCAUGGCAGGAGGGUUGCAGUCAGGAUCUAAAAUGAGAAUGGGACCGGGAAGGAAACGAGAUUUCACCCCUCUGCCCUGGAGUCAGUACUUCGAAAUCAUGGAAGAUCUGGAAGUAGAGAAUGACAACAGCAAAGACACAUUCAGAAUCUACAGCAGUGGUUCCCAAGGUCCAGUUCUUCUCCUUCUCCACGGUGGAGGUCACUCUGCCUUAUCCUGGGCCGUGUUCACUUCAGUGAUAUGCAGCAGAAUCAACUGCAGGGUUGUGGCAAUGGACCUCAGAGCACACGGUGACACAAAAGUUAAAAACUCAGAAGAUCUCUCAGCAGAGACAAUGGCCAAGGACGUUGGGAAAGUAGUGGAGGCCCUCUAUGGUGAAAAUCCACCUCCAGUCAUGAUCAUUGGACAUAGCAUGGGUGGAGCUAUUGCAGUUCACACUGCUGCCGCCAAUUACGUGCCAUCUCUGCUCGGCCUUUGUGUAAUUGAUGUGGUGGAAGGAACAGCAAUGGAUGCCUUGAACAGUAUGCAGAAUUUUUUGAGAAGUCGUCCAAAAACCUUUAAAUCAGUGGAGAAUGCCAUUGAAUGGAGUGUGAAGAGUGGGCAGAUCAGGAACAUAGAGUCUGCACGCGUGUCCAUGGUUGGUCAAAUUAAAGAAUGUGAGGAGCCCUUGAGCAGUCCAGGUGUCUCCAAGAGCAUCACUGAGGGCAUUAUUGAGGAAGAAGAAGAGGAUGAAGAUGGUGGUGAGUCCAACCACAAACGUAAGAAGGAGGACGACCAUGAGGUGAAGAAGGAGAACCUGUACACCUGGCGUGUGGAGCUGUCAAAGACGGAGAAGUACUGGGAGGGCUGGUUUCGAGGCCUCUCCAGCCUCUUCCUCAGCUGCUCUGUGCCCAAACUCCUACUGCUGGCAGGUGUCGACAGGCUGGAUAAAGAUCUCACAAUCGGGCAAAUGCAAGGAAAGUUCCAGAUGCAGGUUCUCCCACAGUGUGGUCAUGCGGUUCAUGAGGACGCCCCGGAAAAAGUUGCCGACGCUCUGGCUACCUUCAUGGUCCGCCAUAGGUUCACCGAAUUCAAGGAGGGUUUCCCCUGACGGCAUUGACCCGCUCCAACACUAGUGUUCAUCAGCAGUUCUGAAGCCCCUCCAGUGCAGUGAGACUCGCACACCAGCCAUUCUGUUUAUACAAUACGCUAAACAUCAGACAGUCUCCGCUGCAAAACAUCCUCAGCACUUCGUCUUUAAAUUAUGAUUUCUAUUUUUUUUUUUUAAAUGAAUUUAAUGUAUAAUUGCUAAUUAUUUUGAUUGAAUGUGUAGAGCUGAUGUCAGUCACGAAC